AUGAACGUGAUUACAGGUCUUGGUUGUCUGCUUCCAGUGCACGCAGUCGACGGGUUUUUCGGUGUGCUUGUCGAAGAAGAUGGAGAAAAUGUUUGCUUGGUUUAUGGCAUAAACGUGCAUGCUGUCGGCCGGCCGCCUCCAUGGUGCCUUCGUUUCCCCCUCGGUGUCGUGCGGUCAGGUGGCGUCGCUGACCACUGUCAUGCACAAGAAUGGCGCCUUCCCCUUGGUGUGUUGGGGGGGAGUUCCAGCGCAUCUGCGAUCAGUAUCUUGGGAGGGCAUUUAUCUAUGUAGUCUUUGCUCGUUUCAAUAUCCGCAAGUACCCACGGCAGAAAAUGCCGGCGUUUUUUUCAAUGUUGUCGGACUCUCUGUGCCAUCAUGAUGGGCAAUGUCACAAGCGACUUCUAACUUAACGAUGCUAGCAUUGAAAACUGAACACAUCAUUCUGUGACACAAGAGUACACUGUCGUCUAGGUUGCGUAUCCUCCAUUUGCAAACGUUUUGCCGUGCGAACGAACAACGCCGGGGGUACGUUUUGGAUGACUGUUUUUUCUUUGGCGGUUGACUGGCUUGCAUCCGGGGUGCUGAGGUUCGUUUCUUCGCCUCUUGCCAGCCAUCCUUCUUUCGAGUGAACGUAGGCGAUACAUUCUCGAUUGUGCCCUUUUGUCAUGCACGCUUUAGCUGCUGCGCAAGUCUGUUUGGGUGUGGAUGCCGAUGUGCUCUGCGUUGUAUGAGCUUUCGUUUGCAAAGAAUAUUAUAUUUUCCUUUACACUUUCAAAUGACAACGUCUUUGGACCGGACCGACGCCACGUUCAAAGAACGCUCGGCGUAGGGUCCUCUCGCGCUGUGCCACGGUUGUUCAUGGCGCAUGGGCUCCACAUGUGGAGGGGUGACUGGUUGACACAGUCGAGGUUCCGACAACAGUCGUUCAUCUCAAUCCUUGUCUUGUUUCAGGGGUGUUUCUCGUCCGAAAUGCUGGGCAAAAGUGUGCUUCGGCCAGUGUGUGUUUGAAGCAAAAUCCGGGGGUUACACUGGAGUUUCCUUUUUUGUGUUCUUU